AUGAAUAGAUUCAUCAAGCGACUAGGAAAGAAGCGCUUCCAAAAUGGAGAUGCACCGAGACAAGAGGGUGUUUCUGAGAUAAACCAAGCAGAUAGUGGUGAACAGAGGCACUUGCCCCCGGCGCAUCAAGCUCUUGCAGACCGCUCCCGCUAUGGGCUCAAGGAACUCUACAGGCCAAAUGAUCAACCGUGUGAACUCAGCGUCGUUGCAGUGCACGGCCUUGGUGGUGAUUUCUACAGGACAUGGGCGACCAGCGAUUCUCAGAGACAGAUAUCGUGGCUUUCAGAACUUCUCCCAGAAGAUUUGCCAGGAGCGCAUAUCUUUUCUUUUGGUUAUGACUCUGCUCCAGCUUUCAGCCGAUCAGUAACAGGGAUUACUGAUUCUGCAGAAGUGCUUCUCUCCCGCUUGAAGUCAAUCACCGAUAAGGCAAUGAUUAUGGCGCAUGAAGAUGACUACUUUGCGGAUGUUUUGCGUUCUGUCCGGUCGAUAGUGUUUAUGGGUACUCCACAUAGAGGAAGCCAGAUUGCAGCAGCGUUGGGGCCGCUCGCAAAAUUCACUAACUUCUGGUUGGACAUCUCCCUCACCUCGAUUUUCACUGGCUCAAUGAGAACCGAUUUGAUCAACACGUUAUCGCGAGAUUCGGUAAAGCUCGAUGAGAUUAAUGACUCAUUCAGACAACGUGCGAAAAUGAUGAAAAUUAUCUCGUGUUAUGAAAGGGUGAAAGCUCCUGGUUCUUCUUCCCUGGUUGUGGAGAAACAUUCCGCAGUCCUCGGAUUACCUGACGAGAGAAAAAUACCUAUCCAAGCAGAUCACAUGGCCAUGUGCCGCUUCUCAGCACGCAAUGACCCUAAUUACGAAGUGGUGUCCCAGGAGAUAGUUCGGGCUGUAAAGAGGAUAAUGCUAGACACUACACAUCGCUCUUUCACAGAAUCCGAAAACAAAUUCAUUGCGGCGUUCGGUCGACGGCUCAAUGUUCCUAUCGACGAACCCUUGCAGGGCACUUGCACCUGGUCAAUCUCGACGAGAGAAUAUCGCGAUUGGCAAGCCGAGCGUAGGCCAGCCGUAUUGUGGUUAACAGGCGACGCAGGUUGUGGGAAAACCGUGCUUAUCAACUUUCUUGUUCAAGAGUUAAGUACCAGUGAGGUACCGAGGUUAGCAAAAGACGAGUUAACUUGUUGCUUUUUCUGUGCAAGGGAUAUUGAGUCGCAGAAAGAUGCCCGGUCGCUGCUAAAAGCACUAAUAUUGCAAAUCUUAUGGGCCAAAAAAGAUGUGGUCCGCCAGAUCAAGGAGGCAUACAGCUCAAUAAGGCAUGAAUAUGAGCCGUCUUUUGAGACUGUCUGGCAUGUUUUCGAAAUGACCGUCAGACUCACACCGUGCAAGUGUCUUUACAUUGUUAUUGAUGCCUUGGACGAAUGUGAGGAGAGCUCGCGAUCAUUGCUUCUAGCCAAGCUUCUCCACAUACUGCAGCCUCGUAACCUGGCUGGAGGGAUGCGACGGAAGAGAAUCAAGCUCAUCAUAAGUGGGCAGCCGUUCAUCAGCCGAGCAUGGAGGGUUGGGGACGAACACCUGUCUCAAUUCUACAUAGACAUGGAAGGACGUCCAGAAGGCUUGAUGGGAGACAUUCAGCGAUUCAUCGACUACAAGGUGGACGAUCUUGUCUACAAUUCUGUCUGCUCCAGAGCAACGGGGGAGCAGUUGAAGCGAACACUUUAUACUCGAGCCGAAAACUCCUUUCUUUGGCUGAGUGUUGUGCUGGACGACCUCAAGCAUGGCCUAGAUUACCACCAUACUGAUGUACAGCAGGUCUUGACAUCCAUUCCUGGAAAUCUGAAGGAUUUCUACACGAAGCAUCUUCCACCCGUACCAGGACACCACUUGCAGCGAUUAGGGUGCUAUGUGAAACUGCUAGUAGCAUGUGCAAGACCACUAACUCUACCUGAAGUCGACAUGUUUUCAACAGACCACGGUCAGCAAUCGAGAGGGGGCGUAUCUCCCGUCGACGGGGCGUUGGUAAUGAACAGCCUACGCCGCGCUUUAGGGGCAUUGGUAAAAUUUCCUGAUGGAAAAGUUCAACUAAUACAUUCUACAGUGAAAGAUUAUUUAUUAGCGCUUCAAUCAGAUCCCUACCAUCCACUUCACAAGACUCACGGGGUGGACGUCGAAGUGGCGCAUCUACACCUUGCCCAUGCUUGUAUGCAGGCCCUUCUGCAAGAAGCAUAUGGUCCCGACUCUGCCGAUGAAGCGGGACAUUCUUCCGACAUGCCAUCCUCCAGUCCGAUCUCGACCAGAUCUUCAAAAGACAUGGUUGACGAGGACGCAUUUUAUGCUGGGCUGUUUGAUAUUGAGGAUGUCGCCUUUCUGCGAGAUGAAAAUGUCAUUCCCGAGGAUGUCUUGACACGUCUUGGGAGACACUAUCCGGGGUAUGAUUAUGCAACAUGGUACUGGGACCAUCACUAUGCUCAAGCAGAGGAACUUGCCGAUGCUUCGGCGCAAGAAGAUGCGAUCAAACUACUAUCCUGUGGAACCCAAAGGCUCGCCAGAUGGUACACGUACAAGGCCAACCGCUCACCUAUGGCGAUGCCAGAUCUUUCCGAAGUUAGCCCUUUGGUUCUAGCGGCACUGUUCAACUACUCGACCAUUUUACGAAGGCUCUUAUUGACGCAUGAGCAUACUGAUGAGAGCAGCGGGCUUCAAUCUGCCCUAUUUUGGGCAUCAUCCCGCGGCCACCUCAAAUCUAUUAGUGUCUUACUCGAUCACAAAUCAGCUCCACUUGAUGCAAGUCGUGAUAGGUCAGCCUUGGCUGUUGCUAUUCAAGGAGGAUUCACUAGGGCUUGCAAGGUAUUGCUUGAUGCGGGUAACGCUGAUCCUAACUAUUCCGGCCUCAGGAGCCUACCCCCUCUUCUCCUUGCCGCAGCUCAUGACCAUGAAGAAAUAUUGACCCGAUUACUCCAUCAUAGUGACAUUGACGUCAAUCAGACCGAUCAUUCAGGGCGUACGGCUUUGAUGCAGACCUGUCUUUCUGGCUCAGACCAAUGUCUGAAAGAACUUUUGCGAGAUGGCCGGUCCAACAUCAACUCAGUUGACAGUGACGGCCGCAACGCUCUGAUCCAUGCUUGUAUGACAGGCAAUGCACUGGCAGUGCAACAUUUGAUCAGGAAACCGCUACUAGAUUUGCAUUUGUGUGACAAGUCUGGGCGAAAUGCGAUGUCGCACGCCGCGCAGAGAACGACUAUCCCAGUUGCUCGACGCUUGUUCCACGCUCAGGUGUCAAUAGCACAAAAAGAUGUCAAGGGACGAAACGCUAUCUCAUGGGCAGCAAACAGCUCCAUAGCGACAACAGAUCCUGAUCAGUGUGGACGAUGUGUCCUUGGGUACCUGAUUGAAAAAUGCCCUGGCGAAGUUGACUCUCAGGACAAGGAUGGCUGGUCGCCGCUGGCCUGGGCAUUGGAUCGACCAGGCUAUCCUGAAGCUGUCCGUAUCUUGGUUGAAAAAGGCAAGGUAGACGUCAAUCAAAGAGAUCAAGCUUCGGGUCGCCCGGUAUUGUCUUGGGCAGCAAGUGAGGGCUUUACUCAGAUCGUCGACUAUCUACUGGGCCUACCGCAUUUGGACAGAAACGCGACAGACAAAGAUGGCCGCUCAGCCUUGUCAUAUGCCGCUACAAACGGCAGGAUUGAGACUGUAGAGUUACUUUUGCGUGAUAGUGGAGUCAUCAAGGACUUGCGAGACUCAAAGGGAAGAGCGCCAACAGACUGGGCAAGGAUGAACCAUCAAGAUGAAAUCGUUUCCCUGAUGUCUGAGCAUGGCUUGGAAUAG